AUGUUCAGACUUCAAAAAGAAACUAAACCAAAGUCGGAAUCAUCACCGUCACCAUCACUCGUCGUCAUAUCUCGUCCACCCGCUCACUUCACUCCCCAACAAGUAACAAUCGAUUUAUCGAAAAAUUCAACAAUUCCGUCGACUCUUUCGAAUGGAUCGGGUAACAGUGUCACAAUUUACAACAUCGAUGAGUCACCAACAAGCUUGAAUUUAAGCACGGAGUCAAGUGGCUACGUAAGCAACAGUACAACGUCGAGUCUUGGAAAUUUAAGCUUGAACCAAAGUGGGGUGAAUGGCGAAGACGUUGAGAGCGAAAAAAGCUCUCCACUGCUAGAUCAAAAGUUAUCAACACCCAUACAGUCAACAUUUAGUGCUUUGCCUAUGCCACCAUCAGUGUCGAGUGGUCGAAGACGAACAAUCAGUUCAAAUAGCAACAGCAGCACACUUCGAAGUCCCUCAACAGUACGAGCAGGAACUCGUGAAGUUCACAAUAAACUUGAAAAGAAUCGAAGGGCACAUUUGAAGGAAUGUUUUGAAGCACUUAAGAAACAGUUACCAAUAACACCUGAUGAGAAAAAGACGUCAAACUUGUCAAUUCUUGGAGCUGCCAUUCGACAUAUUCAAUUUGUUAAAAGAAAAGAACGUGAAUACGAGCAUGAGAUGGAGCGACUUGCAAAAGAGAAAAUCUCAAAUCAAAAUCGUAUUAUAUUCCUUAAACGUGAAUUAACACAAAGGGACAUUGAUUUUACAAAACUUUUACCCGAGCAAACGGACGUCACUGCCGUGAAAUCGGAAAGGAACGAAACAUCGAACGAUGGGAAGAAUGGAGUUUUAUACAACACUUCAAGUUCGCUUCCAAAUACAGCUAGAACCUCACCAGUAGCCAGUCUGACAAAUUCAACGAAUUUAUCAUCAAACCUGAUGGGCACGUCAUCAAUGCCUGGAUCACCAUCUCGGAUCACAAUGUUGAGCACAGGAAAUCAAAUCAUGCCACUUUCGCUUACAUCAAAGUCAACAAAUGAUGAAAAUUUAUCAUCAAAACUCUCCAUUAAUCCAAUCAAAUUGCCGACGACGAACAUCCAAACAAAACCGACACUUAUGCCGAUUGCAACACCUGGAAGUGGAAGUCAAAUGCCUACAGCACUCAAUUUAAAAGCUGGAGAGAUUCCAUCAUCAUGUCAAACGAUGCCAUUGAAUCUUCAUGCUGCUGUUUCAUCAGUUACAAAUAUUCAGCCUUUAAAUGGUUUGAAAAAUGGUCUCAAAGGGUACAACAACAGUAAAGAAUCAAAAACCAACAAAUCAUCAUCACCAGUCAUCACAAGUAUGUCAAUGUCAUCAAAUUGCAUGACACAACCUCAAGUCACAUCAACAACGUCCAACAUGAAAAUUGAUCAACAUGAGCCACCAAAAAAACUUAUUAAGCUCAUUAAUGGAAGUGCAAUUCUUGCUCCCGAUAACAAAAUGAUUCAACAUUCCAAUCAGCUGACACUGCAACAGGUUGUUGGUGGUGGGGGAUUAGUUGUUAGUCCAAUACAACUUGUUGCAUCACAAGGCUUUAAAGUGAUUGGACAACCAAAUGGUGUUACAACAAUAGAACUUAGUGGACCAAACAUCAAUGGUCAUCCGAACACAACACUUCAACAUCAUCAGCAACAACGAUCCCAUCAUUUGACACACACACAGCCUGGAAACCUGCAAAAGCUUCUCAUGAAUGGAAAUGGUGUGACGUCAACAUCUUCAGGUAAUAUCAGUACAAUCAGCAUUCCGACAAUUGCACAACAUGGAACCAAUGGAAGUCGACUCGCUCCAGGAGGUGCAGAGUUGAAUCUUCUACCUUCAAAUACAACGCCAAACGGUGCCGUAUAUAGAAACCAGGGAAAGCUUGCGAUUAUGAAAGAUACUAACAACAGUAGCAGAGUUCAUAUGAUGCAAUCAACUCCUACAAUUGUUGUAACUCAAUCUCAAGGUAUCAACAUCAUUACAUCAUCUGCACAACUGUCAGGAAAAAUGAUGCAAACAAAUGCGCCUCAAUAUUUAAGCGCAACAUCUGUCAAGCCAAUGCUUCUGGUCAAUCACAAUGGAAGCGGAAGUCCAACGAGUGUUGCAAAUGAUGUUGGCAAAAGUCAAAACUGAACAAACAACAAACACCGCUUUUUUGAGUGAAUGAUGAGUCUGAAUCCAUGCUUUAAUUGCCCGUUUAUUUUAUAAUGAAAACAUAAAAAAGUUAAGUAAAUAAGUGAUGUAAAUAGUAACGACACAUAUACACCUAUGUAUCCAUACAUAGAAUAAAACAUUCACAAACACAUUAAAGUAGGAAAUGUUUUUCAAUUAACCAGCUAAACAAAAAAAAACUGAAAAAAAUGAAAAACUUUUGUUGAUACAAAUGGAGAUAGUAUCUAAUUUAUUAAAUCAAAUAAAUAAAUAAAAAGCUCGGUUGAAUGGUGAGUGUUUUUAAUUCGUUAAUUUGUGUAACAAAAUUAGAAACUGAAAUUAAUCGAAUUGUUUAUUUAUAGAGAAAAUUUGCAUGCAACAUUUGAUUUGAUUGUUUUUUUUUAAGUUUUCGUACUAAAUCAUUUGCCAUUCGACCGCAAAGCAUUGUAUUUGAUUUUGUAAAUAAUUGACUAUAAGUAAGUGUGAUUCACACUGAAGGAAAUAAAAUAAACUAUUUAAAACACAAAAAAAAAAAUUGAAGAAAGAAGUAAAAUGAAUUCGUUAAGAAGAAGCAUUAAGAAAUAUUUUUCUAAUUGAAAAAGAAGAAAAAUUGAAAUUUUUUCUUCAUUGUUGUAACCUUUUUACUUUCACCUGCUUAAAGUUGCAAAUGAAAGAACGCAUCGCUGUGUAAACCUAAUAAAUGUUUAGAUUUUAUUCAACAACUGAAAAGAAUUAAAUAUUCGGUGUGAUAGAACUCGAAGUUGGAAUUAAUUGAUGGAGGGAAUAAAAGGAAUUGAGUGUCACGAUAUUAUUAAUGUCGAUGAAGGCAUUUCUUGAGCUUUUUAUUGUUGAUGUACAGAUGCUUCACAUGUUAGACACAUCAGUGAUAAGUUUUUCGCUUAAACUAUCUGUCGUCCUGCUCAGAGCUUCAAAGAUAUCUUGUGACAUAAUCCUUGCUCUCAAUAACGAAUAUUUUAUUCACUGUUGAAGCAAAUAAAAAUAAAAAUAAACGGAACUGAAAGAAAAUUCCCAUUGGAAAAAUUAAAAUAGAAUAUCUCAAAAUCAAAUUUAGUUUUCCCCGGGAAUCAAAACCAAAUCAGGAGAAAAAUUAAAAAAAAGAAAUAAACUACAAAUUAAAAUUGGGUGAUAUUUUUAAUUAUCUAUUUCAAACUAUUAGUUGUUAAGUGCAUUGAAAUGAAAACCUGUUUGAAUAAAGAAGAUGAAUGGACAUCGUUGUUGAAAUCAAAAGUUUCCUUUCAAAAGCCGGACACACAUUGUUUGAAUCAUUUCUUUGAUGCAAAAAGGGUUCGUGCAUUAUUUUACUCUUUUAUUUUGUAUAAUUCUGGAAAAUCUAACAUAAUUUUGAUAUCACGAAACUUAAGUCGCAUACAAAGAUGAACAUAUGCAAUUAGUUUUCAGUUGUCACUGGCUUAAAUAAUUAUAUUUUUAGAAACAAAUAGAACUGUAAAUAAGUAGUGUCACAAAUUAUUAUGAUUAGAUAUAGGAACAACGCUAUACAAUAAAACAACAAAAAACUUGUGUCAAU